AUAAUCGUAGCUGCAAUUUGAUCACGGAAGUGUGCACAUGGACGGUGGAAGAGUAUUCUUCCUGAUGAUGAUUCCAUCCUCCGGAGUAAACUAAACCAUCGUGUUUCGAGUGGUGGAAGGACUGGACUGGCAGUGAUGAAGUGUCUCCUGAUUGCCAGUGAAAGUGCCGAGGUUUUGUUUUACUGGACUGAUCCAGAAUUUCAUCACAGUGUCUAUGAAAAGUUUCGGUUCUCAACAGCUGACGAUGACCAGGUCCCAGCAUUUGAAGAUGCAGUUAAUACACUUUUUGCUCCAAUCAUCAUCUCGUGCAGCAACCUGAUUGAGAAGCUUGGAGAUACAUAUACAUCUUUCACUUCUGAAAACAACCACCUGUACAUCCUGCACCAGUUUGGAGAUUGUUUGUAUAUUGCUGUAAAUGGUGACAAUGAAGAAAAUGAAGAUGACCUUCGCAGGAAAAUCUAUGUUUUGAAGAGACUGAUUGAAAUUCAUUUUGGUCUUGUAACAUUGGAUAGUGCCAUAAUGAAAAGGGAGUUACGUCCCUCAGACACAGAUCGCAGAAGACAGAUAUGGAAAAUGUUUCAGAGCUUGCUUGUUACGUAUAGUCGACUAAGAGAAUUUGACCAGAGUUUCCUUGUAGAGGCUGUUGAACGUUUGAUUCAGCCACAGAUUUGUGAAAACUGCAUUGAAUUACUGGAGAGGCAGGUGGUGCAGCAGGUGAAUGCCAGCGCUGAAGGGGCUGGUGAGGAGAUCGUGCAUGCCUUCAUCCUUGUGCAUACCAAGCUGCUAGCCUUCUACUCCAGCCGAAAUGCAAGCUUGCUGAAACCAUCUGACUUGCUCACACUGAUUCUUAUAGCUCAAGACUUGUACCCUUAUGACUGCACUGCAGAGGAGGUCACAGCUCAGGAAGUGCAGUCCACGAGCCAACCAGAAGUCUUCUACACGCCUUCCUCGACUCCUCUGGGUUCGAGCCGGGCUGGGGCCUCGAGGCGGGAACCGAAGAAUUCAUUCGUUUUCACCUUUACUGAUCCAGAUAUUCAGGUAGCAGAAGACAGUCUUCAGAGUUUGGAAUGUUCUUCAACUCUUCCAGUCAUUCCUAGGAGAAUUUUUUUGGAUACUAUGUUGAAAGAAGGUUUUUGUCCCAUGAUGCCUCACACCAUGUACUGUAUGUCACUGUGGCCAGGAAUUUCUUUGGUGCUCCUUACAAAGAUACCCAGCAGUACUUUUGCACUAUCCAUGUAUCAGCUCUUGGAUAUUUUUUCUGUUCUUGAGAAAAAGUUGAGCGAGGGGACUGACCAAGGACAUUUUUCCAGAUCAAACCCAAGCCUGCCUGAGCUGAAGCAGAAAAUGGACAAGUUCACCAAAAUGCUAGGUGACAGAGAGACACAGUUGCAGGAUGCAUGGCUAGAUUUCCGAAACAGAAUUUUCUCAAGAAGUGAAACUAGCAGCUCCAUGGAAAUUCUUCAAGCUUGCCGCAACAUGAAGCAUCAGCUCUGUGUAUUUUAUCGACAGUGUUUUCUCUGCUUCCCAGGAGGACGCAUCCCACACAUUUCUCAGAGACUACAGGACCGAGUACUGAAGAUUGUUCAGGACAAGCUGGUGGACUGGAAGGAAUUUUUGUUGACAAAAUGCAAGAGAAACGUAACACUGGUGUCAUAUCUAGAAGACUUCCCAGGCUUGGUGCAUUUUAUUUAUGUGGAUCGGACAGUUGGACAGAUGAUUGCACCAUCUCUUAACACUGUUGGAAAAUCUCCAUCUGAACUGGGACAAGGACCUUUAGCCAGAUUUAUCAAAAAUAAGGUUUGGUCCAUCAUCGGCUUGUCUAGACAUUAUUUACAGAAGGGCUACACAACACUGACCCUUCGAGAUGGUGAUUACUACUGCUGUUACUUCCUGUGGUUUGAAAAUGAAUUGGGCUACAAGCUUGAAGUAAUGGAACUGCCUUAUUUACCCAGCGAGUCUGCCCCUAUAGGGAUGUUGGCUGGAGAUUAUUACAGAAAGUUACUGAGGUACUAUGCCAAGAGCCACCCAUCUGAGAUGGUGAAAUGUUAUGAACUGCUGACCAUUCAUCUAGGUGUUAUCCCCACAGACUCUAUUAUCCAGCAGGCCUGUGAACUGGCGCGAAAGCUGUGGGAGCCAACACGUAUACCUCUACUCUGAAACAGCAUGCUUGGAGAACUAAUACCUAUUUUAUGAAACAAAAAGUGUUAAGUGCCCCAGCUUCUCUGGAUCAACAUCCUUCUCGAGUUACUGUAUGAAGGAGAGAGCCUAAAACAGUGCUGUUUGGCCUCCACCAAGUGCCUGAAUUUCGCAGAGCAGUUUAUGUAUAUUCCAAGACUGAUAGUCAGUCACACUUAAACUUGAUUUAGUGCAGGAAACAAACCAUUUUUUAUACUUUGAGUGAGUGAAUGAGUGAGAGAGUACCCCAUCACAUUGGAGGUUGCUCAGGUUUAUUUUAUUUUCUUGCAGUCUAGUUAUACCUUUCAUUAGUCUGGUUUGUGACUAAUGUGUUGUGCACAUGAUGUGGGCAGGAGUCUCAGGGAUGUGUCAUGUUGUGUCCCUUUCCAUAUCUGCCACUAAACUGUCCCGCAUAUAUAACAUGCUUCCUGAAUGGUAAAACUGUUUACAGACUUCUAUAAAGAUGUAUAUAAAAACUGUCCCUCAUUUGUCUGAUGUUAGCCAAUGGUGUCCACCAAAGAUGCUCCUGCAUUGAUGAAUUUACUACCAUCCUUCGUACAUUCUAGAAAAAAACAAUAGCCUUUGGCCAAUAAGCUCUUGUCCCAGCCAGCAUAUCUGGGUCACCUGCAUGUCACUGUCCCUUCUAUGCCACUAUUUCAGGUAACUGCUUAUUAGUCAUUCUCACCCCAUUACAGAAAAUGAAAUCCAUAACAUUUAUAUGCUACUUUGUAAAUAAACUUACCAUCAUUUCAUAAAAUACUUGACUGUAGAUUUUGUAUUGGGGCAUCUUGUUUUCAUCUUCUGCUUGUUUGUCUUUCUGUGAUGUGUAGUAUCUCUGUACUAAAUCUGUUGUGAUUUCUGUGUUACACCUUCAUCCUGUAAUACGGUUUGUUUUUUCUGAACAUCUCUGGCAAUCUGUAACCCAGUAAUUAUUGAAUGCUAAGUAGCAUCAUAUUAUGUUUGGCUUGUUGACUCAUCAGCACUUUUAAAAGAAUUUCUUUAUCUCAACUUCUGUAAUUCCAUGGGCAGUGACUAUGCGAUAAAUUUGUUUGUCAAGCCUUAUGAAGGGUUGCUGAACACAGAGAGGUCUUCCUGUGAGUGUGUCACAUGCAUUCCCCCUUCCUUUUACAGUUUUCCAUAUCUUCAAUUUCUUUGUCCUCUGAACUACUGGAAAUCUUAAGAUAUGUCUCAUCCUAUGGCCUUAUAGUGCCACUCAUGGUGAGUUUGCAGCAGUUUUAUUUGCAUGAGGCAUCUUUCUAUGAUCUAUCAUCAGUUGCGUCAGUGGAAAUCGCAGUAGAAACAUUAGUAUUUUCUUCUGUUUGAUGCUGUUGUAAUAGCUGGUUUUCUUUUUCUGUCAAAAAGUCAUUGUUUUUGUCAGUUUUGAAUUGUUAAACCAUGAGUUUUUAAGGAAGCGAAGCACUACUCAGAAACUGUAGCUGUAGAGAGAAAAGCACUAAACAGGACAGGCAUGUGGUAUAUCUGCCCUUUUUGGGAUUCGAGCACACUCCAAAUUCCUGUUCUGUAGUUUCACUAAUGCCAUCAUUGCUCAUCAGAGAACGGCACUAAUAGGUCUUGAAAACUAGGAAGCAACAUCAGUCUUCCAGGUGAAAGGAAUCCCCAAAAGCACUGUUCUUUAUAACAGAAGCGUUCUUUGAAAAGAUGUAGGUUUUCCUGUACUGCACUGUAGGACACCAUCUGAUCAUCAAGUUAGUACCCAAAGUCCAUAUCCUCCAUGUUACCUUUAGAAAAGGAUGGUGACAAGACUCUUAUCUGGGACAUAAAGCAUCCCAGUGUGCGUCAGGGGGGUCAUGAAUGCAGCUUUAAGGAUCCAUCGGCAUGGACUGCCCCUGAUGCUUAAGUUUCCUCUCCUGAGCUGACUGGGUCCCCCUCCCCUCAAUACACUCAUGGCUAAAAUCUCUGCAGUCUCCUGCGAAAAGGGCACCCCAGGAUACAGUCCUCAACAGUAAAGAAGGAAAAAUAUUUAACUGUAAUUGCUUAAAUGUCCUGACUUGAGCUGACUGGGUCUCCCUCCCCUCAAUACACUUGUGGCUAAAAUCUUUGCAGUCUCCUGCAACAAGGGCACCCCCAGAUAUAGUCCACAAUGAUAAAGAAAAAAAAUAUUUAGCUGUAAUGUAGGUGACUAUUUUAAGUAGCCAAGCGUGCUAAUACAGUAACCUGGCCUUUUUUUCAUUCUAUCUUGUUAAUAAUCUAACUCAGAAAAGGCAUAACCCAUGCCAGGGGCUACAGCUGCUGACUAAAUUUCACCUUAACCAUGCCCCGCCCCCAGUAUGUGGUCUUAUUUUAAUUAUCUAACCCGCUCUCUUGUUAAUCCAACUGGCAAUUAAUAGAAAAUAACUCACAGCCCACUUACUAGGAUACAGGGCCACUUCUGUGUUUUAAUUACUAGCAACAUUUUCUCCAAAAAGAAAACAAUAAAUAAAAUAUAAUUUGUAAACUGUAAAGCGUACAAUAGCUGUGUAAACUAACUUAAAUGUUACCCAAGUGUUCUGAUUGGUUCUGGUAAUUUCAGCCUAUAGCAAGGUCUAAAAUCUACACUACUGUUGGCUCCAUAACUUUUCCUGGCUGUAUUACCUCUGCCCUCACCCUAUACACAUCCUGCAAUGACUAGCUAAAGUUUUAAGAAACGUGGGCACCAUAUUUGAAACUCAGUGCAGCUGUAACAAUUCCUCGGCAUGGUCUGCAGUAAGUGAAUUAUCUGCUUUGCCAGUGUGUUUGCAAUUGCUUGAACCAAAGUUGUUACAUUUUAUCUCAGCAAUUUACUAAGAUAAUUGAUUGUUAGAUUGAGAGAGAAGGCAUUGCUUUUGUGUAUAUAAAACAGAAAUAUAGUAUUUGUAAAUGCUACUAACACUAACCUGUUUUAAUGAUGAAACUGACUUCUGAGAUGUUUAAAAGCUAUAAGAAGUGUUGCAUUUAUGUUGGUAGUCGUAUAUUUCAGUACUUGUACUGUGAAUUAAGCUAUAAAAAUAUUAAUAGUUAAGUGCUAUGCUGGACUGUAGAGUAACUGUGUUCUUAACAUUUCCACAUAUUGUUUUUUUUUUCCCGUAUUCCUAAAUAAUAGUUUAUUUACACAUC